AUGAGUCUGGUCAGGAGGGGUCGCCGGUCGUUACCGCAACUCACUGGGGCGGAUGCCGAUGGCGAGGUGUCGCUCAUCGUCCUCGACACGGAGGGGCUCGCGUACUGCACUAAUUUGUCACGCCACCUGAUGUGGGUCACGCGGCUCACGGACAACCUGCUCAACGUGAAGAAGCCGUACGUCGAGACUCCGAACAAUGUAUGCGCGCUCAACAACGCCCCCACCAGGGGCAUGGGUUGGGACCGCGAGAAGUACGAGGAGCACACCACCGCGGACUCCCAGAACGGCAAGGCGUUCAAGACAUGCGGUCGUAACGCCGGCGCGAAGGCCAAGUGUGCGCGGCACCUGGUGCCGAGCUACGACGGCUACGUCUACUGCAUAUACGAGACUGGUCACAGCCAGCUGCUGCACAUCCACGUGCGUGACAUCGUCAACUUCACGCCCUUCCGGACGCCGCUGCUGGACGGUGUCUACCUCGAGGGUUCCAGGAACUCCUCCGUGAUGGCGCUGGAUUUCCACACCGGGAGCUACAUCGCGAGGAACCUACACGACGUCCACUACAAGACGCACCCCCCUGCGUCCCCGGACCAGCCGGAACGGGAGACGCAGAGGCAACUCCAUAUCGGCUACACCGACUGGACCGUGCGCGCCUUCGACGAGAAGUCCCACGUCGAGCUGUGGAGUUUCAAUUGGCGCGAAAUAGGCGCGGUAAACAGCGAGAACGUAGGGCCGGUGGUGGUGGAGCGCGUGCGCGAAAUCAUCAAGGUGCAAGGGCAGAAGCUGGCCAUAGAUUUCGAGGACGACGAGGGCAAGAUCAGCGAGGAAAUGAACUUCCCCUUCCCGAUCGCGGCGGUGUUCGCAGUGCUGUGGAACGCCAACGAGGAGAUCAUGACCCUGCAGAUUGUGGAGCGGAUCUCGAUCCCGCCGCCGGCCGCGUUUCUGCAGAACGCGCUCGACAAGGCCUAUGGGUCGAUAAAGCUGUCCAGCUCGAGCUACUUCGGGCGCAACCUGGUGUCGGUGAAGGGCGGCGUGAUAAACGUGAAGAACAUGUGGGAUCCCGAGGUCGACGGCGAGGCCGCGAACGACGGUGGGAGGCUGAUCACCAUCAAGAUGGUCGACAAGAACCACUAUUACACGCUCGACACGGGUCUGCAGCCGCUGACGUUCACGCAGCAGAACCACACCAAGUGGCAGAUCGUGAAGUGGUGGUGCGUGCUGACGUGCUGGCUGCUGACGUUCGCGCUGGCGCCGCUGAUGAACGUGCUGCGGAUCCUCAAGGAGUGCAUCGACCGGAAAAUCUACCACCGGCGUUGGUGGGCGAAAAUGCCGUUUUCGAGGUUCCUGCUGGGCCAGGUCUCGCUGAUGAUCGACGACUUUGAGCGCGGCAUCUUCGAGUCCACGGAACGGCUGAUUUACAACGUCGACCGCAUUUCGCCGCUGCACUCCGUCGACAACGUGUGCCAGACGUUCACGGUGCCGCUGAAGCUCAUCAACAACACGGACGAGAUGCUGGAGAUUCAGAGGCAGGAGAACAGAUCGCAGGCGGGAAGCGCGGCGCAGAGUGCGCGCAGCGAGGAGAGCGAGGGCCACGAGCUGCCCAGGGUCGAGCUGGCCGUCGAGACGAGCGAGAUAAACUACUCCGACGACGAGAUGACCAGGGAAGACGAGUUGAGGGCGAUAUCGGUGGUGCCGGCCGCCACCGCGCUGGCCAACUUCCUCGAGAACGGCCGGUUCCUCAGGACCUUCGAUUGCAUCAAGCUCCUGGGCAAGGGCGGGUUCGGGUCGGUGUACCGCGCCCAGCACAAGCUGGAGCCCGGGCACCCCACGUACGCCAUCAAGCUGGUGCUGCUGAAGCUGAAGGCCUCCGAGGGCCUGACCUCCAGGCGCUACUUCAGGGAGAUCGUGGCCAACAGGGAGAUAUCGAGCAAGUACGUCGUGCGCUACUUCACGUGGUGGUGCGAGGAGCCUCACUUUUUGCCCCUCACGCAGCUGACUCCGGAGAUUCAGAGCGCGGCGGCCAACAACGUGAAGCACCUUGUGGGCUCCAACUCCCUGAACACGCAGCGGGCGAAGGCGCUCAACGGGUUCAUGCAGCACUACCAGGAGAUGCUGCGCGGGAUUCUGGAGAAGCGUAGCGACGAGGACUACCCGAGCUUCAGCAACGUGGCGUUCAACAACUCCCUGCUUGACGAGCGUGGGAGGGUCGGGCGGAGGGUGCGCCUGGCGGCCAUUGGCGAGCAGACCGGCGGAUCGCAGCUGAACACCGACGAGGACGACAGCAUGCUGAACGGCGUCUGCGCGUUCGAGUUCGAGGACGACAACUACGAACACGACGGCAGGUACCCCAACGUGCCGCAGUCGGAGUCCAGCCAGGGCAUCGUCUUCGAGUACAGCAACACCUCGAGGGCCCCCGCCGUGGGGUUCGAUGGCGAGAGCCCGCGCGAAAACAGCGAGAACAGCGACGACGGCGAUGCGGAGGAGUCGGGGAACUGCCACCAGGCACGCGUGAGGGACACCGAAAAGCAGUACCCCGUGGUGCUGCUCAUCCUCAUGGAGCUGUGCAAGGGUUUCACCCUCAGGGAGUGGCUCAACAGGCCCGGGAGAAGCGACAAGCCAAUGCAGUACACCCUAUCGCCGAAUGGGGUGCCGGUCGAGUUCGACCUGUUCCGGCAGCUCAUAAAGGGGCUGCGUGACAUCCACGCGAACAACUUCAUCCACCGAGACCUCAAGCCCGAGAACGUGUUCGUGGACCCGAACACGAACGCGCUUAAAAUUGGGGAUUUCGGACUCGUGGGUUUCAUCUCGCAGAGCACUCGCGAGACCAGGGACACUCCGCCGCCGGAGGCGACGGCGCAGCAGGACUCCUGCGAGUCGUCGCUGCCCGGCCAACUCAUCGGCACCCCGGGCUACGCGGCGCCGGAGGGCGGGUUCAACUGCUCGGAGAAGGCCGACAUCUUCUCCGCGGCGCUGAUUUUGCUGGAGCUGCUGUCGCCCAGGUUCCACACCGUGAUGGAGCGGUUCACAGUGCUGGAGAACUUCAGGAACACGGGCAGGGUCCCCGAGUUCAUCGAGCAGGAGCUGUCGCCGUGGCACCGGCUGCUCACCGAGAUGGCCGACCGCGUGCCGCAGCGCCGCCCCUCCGCCGUGGAGGUGCAGAAGAAGCUCAAGGGACUAAUAGCAAUGUGGUGUAACGAACCCGCAGAUUAA